AUGAAAAGCUUCCCGGGAGGAGAGCGGCGCCGAGCCGAGCGGCGGAUGGAGCCGCGGAUCAGCUCGGUACCAGCUGCUCGGCUCGGCCAGGAAAUAACCCGACCCCGCUCCGGCAUGUCUGAGCCGAGCUUCAGAACUGAAAGUGUGUCUCUGUGUUUCAGGUUGGAGAACACGAGCCUGGAGGAUUCUGACAUGGAAGUGGACGAUCUGCUUCGGUGUGUCUGCGAUGCCGACUCUGUGCAGGAAGUCCAACACUUUGGGUCAGUUCUGGUUCAGCGUGUCCGGUUGGCACGGCAACGGCGAAAUGACAUCACAGCCCAGGAGAUGAAGGCUGUGAUGGAGGAGAGAGAAGGAUCUGUUGCCAAGUUUAAACAACUGGAACAGGAAGUGAUGCAGGACAGAGAGAGGCCACUCAAGGAGGAGCUCCGGAGGCUUCAGAACGAGCGAGAUGCAGCAUUGGAGGAGAGGCGCCGGCUGGAGGCGGAGCUACAGAUGCUGCAAGCCAAUCACAGCUCCCAGGCCCCGCCCACACAGACCCCGCCCCCCCUGAACAUGGAGGCGGAGCUUCGACGCUGCCAGGAAGCGGAGCGAGAGGCGAGCGAGCGAGUUCGCAGGUUGGAGCGUCUGGUUGAAGUCUUGAGGAAGAAAGUGGGGACAGGAAACGUUCGAUCUGUGAUUGAAUCAUUUUGAAAUAUUUUAAAAUCAUUUUUUUCUUGUUCAUGUUUUAAAAGCAGUGAUUAAAUAUUCGUUAUAUUCUA